UUCGGGGAAACCUACCGCUGGUCGUUACGUUCCUCCCCAUUUGAGAGGUCAACCUCAUACCAGAAAUAAUAAUAACGAAAACCCAUCUCAACAUCAGCAACUACAACCACCAAGAAAUAAUGAUUAUAAUAAUGAGUCUGAUGAAUUAGUCCCACCUCUCCAAUCACGUCGUCCAAAUGGAUGGCAUCAAAGGAACGAAAGUGCGGCUCCCGCGGUAAAUUGGGAUAGUCGUCGUACAUCAUUUCCUCGUCCAGAUGCUUGGGGAGGAGGUAGUCGUAGUGAAAUGGCAUAUUCCACGUCUCAACGUGGUGGAUGGAGUGAUCGUGCAUCAUCUCAAGGUGAACGCUGGAAUUCUGGCCAUCGUAAUAACAACCGAUAUACUUCGGGUUCUGGUUAUGGUGGUCGUGGCGGUCCUGUUACUGAAGAUGUGUUUGAUGGUUAUGGUUCUUGGCGUGAUGGUGUUCACGUUGUUUCUCAAAGAAAUCAACGUAUGGAACGUGAUUUAUUUGGCUCUCCUGAUGAUCCUGAUCGUCAACACACUGGUAUCAAUUUCGAAAAAUAUGAUGAUAUCCCUGUUGAAGCUAGUGGAAAUAAUGUUCCAGAAUAUGAACAUCUCCUCUCUAAUAUUGAAAUGGCUCGUUAUUCUGUUCCUACUCCAGUUCAAAAAUAUUCAAUACCGAUCGUAUCAUCUGGUCGUGAUCUUAUGGCUUGCGCACAAACGGGUUCUGGUAAAACUGGUGGUUUUUUAUUCCCCAUUUUGUCGGAGCUUUUUAAACAUGGUCCACCAGAACAAUCUGGUUCCCGUGGCAUGUAUCGUAGUCGCAAAGCUUAUCCAGUUGCAUUGGUCCUUGCGCCGACACGUGAAUUAGCUAUGCAAAUUUAUGAUGAAGCACGAAAAUUCGCCUAUCGUUCUUGGGUAAGACCGUGUGUUGUUUAUGGUGGCGCUGACAUUUCUUCCCAAUUAAGACAAAUUGACCGUGGAUGUGAUCUUUUGACUGCCACUCCUGGACGGCUUGUGGAUUUAAUUGAACGUGGCCGCGUAAGUUUAUCCCAAAUACGAUAUUUAGUUCUUGAUGAAGCUGACCGUAUGUUAGAUAUGGGAUUUGAACCUCAGAUUCGUCGUAUAGUGGAAAAUGAAGAUAUGCCUAACGUUAAUGAUCGACAAACGCUUAUGUUUAGCGCCACUUUUCCUCGAGACAUUCAAGUUCUGGCUCGUGAUUUUUUGAAGGACUAUGUUUUCUUAAGUGUUGGCCGUGUCGGUAGUACAAGUGAAAACAUUACCCAAAAGAUUGAAUAUGUUGAAGAUGAUGAUAAACGAUCGGUGUUAUUAGAUAUCCUACAUGCUCAACCAGAAUCUGAUCAUGGACUUACAUUAAUCUUUGUUGAAACGAAGCGCAUGGCUGAUAUGUUAUCAGAAUUUCUUGUUCAAUCAGGUUUUCCUGCUACAUCAAUUCAUGGUGAUCGAUCACAGCGUGAACGUGAACGUGCUUUAGAAUCUUUUCGUACGGGUCGUACACCUAUCAUGGUGGCGACUGCUGUGGCCGCCCGUGGGUUGGAUAUUGUUAAUGUCACUCACGUCAUCAAUUAUGAUCUACCCACAGAUAUUGAUGACUAUGUACAUCGAAUUGGUCGUACCGGACGCGCUGGUAACGUUGGAAUAUCAACGGCAUUCUUCAACCGUGGUAAUAAAGGGAUUGUUAGAGAAUUGAUUGAACUGUUAAAAGAGGCUAACCAAGAAAUUCCUCCCUGGUUGGAAACUAUUGCAAGAGAGACAUCAAGUUAUGGUUCUCGUGGCUCUAGUGGUCGUGGUAGAGGCCGCGGUCAAAAUCGUGAUUAUCGUAAAUUUGGUAGUAAUAGUGAAAGAGGCAGUUAUGGAAGUGCUGGUAAUGAUUAUUAUUAUGGUGGUGGAAAUUACGGCGGUGGUUAUGGUGGUGGGAAUUAUGGUACUUCAAAUGGAUAUAAUAACAAGCAAAUUUCUGCCGUUGCCAGGAAUCGAACCUGGGCUAGCGCGGCCACAACGCGAUGUACUGCCACUAUACGACAACGGCCUCACUUAUUGCAGAUGAAAAAAAAAAACAGUAAAGGCGAAGAAUUCAGCGAAGAAUUCAUCGAUAAAUAUGUUGCGAUUAACCGAUUUCAAAAAUAUCCUGAAACUCAUAUGUAUGAUGCCGAGUCUGAAACGAAAUCAGGA